AUGCACCUCAAACUCAUCAACCUCGAUCUCACCCCAGACAUUCAGUCUUUCAAAAAGGUCGAUACUGCCUCAGCUAACUGGUCUUUUAAGUUUACCGCAUCAUCCGCCAUGGCCAAUCCCCAGCUUGACCAUGAUCCAGAUGACGGAGAGGAGCCGGAAUGUCUGCGACAAACUCAAUCACGCAGAGCGCAGCCACUCUCGAGACGCUACCUGUCGUCUGAAAUAGAUGAAGUAGAGACUAAUGACUUGAGAGUUGCUACGCCCGUGGCUGACUCUGACACUUAUCAAAAAGUACAGCACAGGCCUCGCAGAGCAUACACAAAAGCCGACAUGGGCAUCUAUAUGUUGCCAGAGCAAGCAGUGGACUCCUACAAUAGCCCAUCAAUCACCCCAAGGCGCCUUGCAAAAGACACAUCCCGAAACGAUACCCUUCCAAACCCAGCCCCUAGGGGUGAGUCAAACAUGAUGCGGCAACCAGAGACUCUGUCUAUCACCCAGGAACAGCUGGUCGCUGAGGUUAAAGGUAUUUAUGCCGGCCUCGUUAUGGUGGAAACAAAAUGCAUUGAAGUCGACAAUGCUCAGUCUACCGAGGGACGCCUCACCCCUGAAAAAUGGCAGCAUCUCGUUGCGCUCCAUCGCACGUUAAUGCUUGAGAAUGGUGCUGCCUCCAACCUCUCUUCUCCCAAGACACCGCAUGAUCACGAACUUGGAGCGCUUCUGUCCGAAGUGUCUCUACGCUCACAGAGCUUCUGCCGACUCAGCAGUCGCUUACAUCCACUGUUGCAAUCUACAAAAGGUUCCCCUUCAUGCCCUAGUUCGAACAGCGUUCUUAUGCCCGAACCUAGUACUACAAGCUUUGAUCAGCACCUUGCUAUGGAUAGUUUCCUGUUCUAUGACGAGGAUGUCACCACCGAUCCUAUUUACUCAGUCCAAGCUGCUCCCCAAGAUCCAGACUUUCUGUUCUUGGACGCGUUGCAGAGGACCAGUGUAGGGAUCGCGGAAACGUCCGCGAAGGAAGACCUCACUGGAGCGCUACCAGCUGCUAUCACUCCAGAUCCGAUACUACAGACCUACGGAGAAGCAGACCGCCAAGAGCCAUUCAAUCCAAUGGUUAACGUUGCAUCGGCUGGCCAGGGAAUUCAAAAUACUGGAUACGUAACGAAAAACCUACGUGGCGUCACAUCAAGCACUAAACUCAAAUGCAAACAGUGGCCAGAAGAGCACCUCUUACUUUGCAUGUCCGAAAUGUCAGCAGACAUUCGCAACGUCAUUUACUCUCGGCCGACAUCAGACAGAAGCGCACAAGGAGGCAGUACCCAGCCCUGA